AUCCCCUGAAUAUGUUGUCUGCUGGUUAAUACAUUGUUGUUCCAUUUAGGGUUAUUGGUCCUGUUAUAUGUCAUAUCAUAUAUUUCCUAUGAAGAAGACCUCUGGUGUCAGGGAGCAGUGAGUGUGUGUCACGCUGUGCGCAGACAGACACAGAGGACAGAGGACAGAGUCAGUGAGAGGGAUGGAGAUGGAGCAGAGCAGGAUGCUGCCCGGUGGAGGAGCUGAGAGGAGCUACAACACACUUUCUCCCUCCUUGAGCGCAUCAGCGAGCUCUGAUCCAUAGAGGUGGAAAGCGGAGAGAGAUCUUCACAGACACAAACAUCACAGGAAUGUAACAAUUGCGAGUGGAGAAGAGAGGAGAGGAGAGCUGACAAAAAAAAAGGAGAGAGGGGGAUUUUAAGGAAAACCCGGAGGCAUCAAAGUCUACAUUAUUAAGGAGGAUUUGAGGAGUCUGCGUUUUAUAGCCUAUAAUCCGACAUCAGAGGCGGAAUGUGAAUCCAAAUAACUUAUGUUAAUUAGAGAUUUUAACGAAUGUGAUGCGAUUUUGAGCGGCUCUGAAGCGCAAGGAGAGAGGAAUUUCAACAUUGGCCACUUGAAUUUAAACAUCUGGGCUUUUUUCUUGCCCCUCAGAACUGAUGUGCAGCAUCUCUACGGUCAUUUGCGUCUGAAAAAAAGGAGUUGGCUAUCAGAGGUUGUAUCGGUGCGUUUCAGCUUGAACCACACACACACACACACACACACACUGGAGGAGUUACCGUUUUAUUCCGGACCGAGAGGUGGAUGGUUUUUGCGCGUCUGUUCCGCAAUGAUUGUCGCCUAAUUUCCCAGGUCCGACUUUGUGGAAACGGAGAUUAUAUUGUUUAAUCUCAAUGUUUAUCAUCACAUAUACCACGGCUGUCUGCGGUGCAACUGGAUCGCAAGAAGAAAAUCCCGAGGAGUGACAACUGACAUUCGAGAGCUCCGGAUCAACUUCGAAACUCGAAAAGCGCACAAGUUCGAAGUCUGGAAUAUAAGAAUAGAUGAUUCUCAGAGGACACAGGACGAAAUACACCUAGGCCUACAAAAUGUUCCAAAGGGGCUGUGGGCUGGAGUUCCUGCUGGUUCUCUGUGGGCUCGAGUUUUCCUGGUCCUGCCCCCGCCACUGUAUCUGCUACACUGCGCCCAGCACCGUCUCCUGCCAAGCCCAUAACUUCCUGUCGGUCCCCGAGGGCAUUCCUCCCGACAGCGAGCGCAUCUUCUUACAGAACAAUAAGAUCCAUCGCUUACUUGGGGGCCACUUCAGCACCAACACGGUCACCCUCUGGAUCUACUCAAACAACAUCACAUACAUCGAGCCGUCAACCUUCCACGGCUUCACGCUGCUCGAGGAGCUGGACCUGGGAGAUAACCGCCACCUGCGCACCUUGGCUGAGGACACCUUUCACGGGCUGAGUCGGCUCAAUGCGCUUCACCUGUACCGCUGUGGGCUCAGUUCAAUCCCUAAUAAGAUCUUCCAAGGCCUCAGAAACCUGCAGUACCUCUACUUGCAGGAAAACCAUCUGAAGUUCCUGCAGGAUGACACAUUCAAGGACCUCCACAACCUGAGCCACCUGUUCCUGCACGGAAAUCGUCUGUGGAGCCUUAAUCAGAACACCUUCAGAGGCCUUCGCGCCUUGGACCGACUCCUUCUGCACCAGAACCAGAUUGAGUGGAUCGACCGCCUGGCCUUCCACGACCUGAAACGUCUGACCACCCUCUACCUGUUCAACAACACCCUGAUCGAGCUGUCUGGACAGUGCCUGGAGACACUGCCCGCAUUGGAAUACCUGCGCCUCAACGACAACCCCUGGUCGUGUGACUGCAAGGCCCUGUCACUAUGGGAAUGGCUGAAGCGUUUUCGAGGUUCCACGUCUUCUGUGGGUUGCCAGGCGCCGGAUGAUAUGGUUGGGAAAGACCUCAAGGAGCUGCGCAGGGAGGACUUCCCCAACUGUUCACCAACUGUACCGAAUUCGGAGUCCAGAGCCCAGACUAAUAAUUUAUCUGGCACGGUGAAUCCGUCUAUGAAUCGCGGUGUAGUGGUGGGCUCUGGGGGGCAGACCCACCUAGUGCACCCUUCGAGGCCCGGCCGUUCUCGGAACUGCACGAAGCCUCGCAUCAGGGUGAGCAAGGGGAAGGGUGACAAUGAGGUUCACCACUCAAAAGAGGUCAUGGCAGACAAGGAGGAUUCCUCCCCAGAUUUCUCAGACGGGGGCAAACAUGACCACACGUCCCCAGACGGCACCGUCACGCGGAGGAAGCACAAGUGCACCCCCCGGACCACUGUUCGCCCCCCUAGUGGGGUUCAGCAAGCCAACAAUAGGGCGACCUUAUCCCAGCCAUCACUACAUGUCUGUGCCCUCUUUGUGGCCUUGAUAACGACAAAUAUUGACUUCAUCCUCCGUUGACCUUCGGAGGGUUUGGCAAAAGAAAAAGAAAAAAAACACAGCUCUCAGACCCUCUCUUGCUCCUGCACUACAAGGCCUGUGUGUCUUUUAUGUAUGUGUGUGUGAGUGUGAUUAUAUGUGUAAAUGUAGUGUAGGGAGCUUUACUGUUCAGACUGAAACGGGCAUCAAAAGCAUCAAACAUCUACAACAGAAAAGACUCGCGGCACAAAAAUCGAAGGGACUGAGCGACGGAGAAUGAUAAAAGACGAAUGCAGACCAAGCUUGCACUGCCACUUAUGCCAGUAUGAUUUCAUCUUCAUACGUCUUAGUAUCUUAUGUAUUUUCUAACAUCUGUUUUUUCACUCAACUGGAGCUCAGAUAACCAAAAUUGGUGAAAAUAGAGAAAAGGGGGAAGAGAUGACGCAGCAAACGGGGUAAAACCUGUGAGCUAGUUAGCUCUGAGACAGAUAAGCUAGGUUUUCAAGUGCUCCAUCCAGCUUUAAUUUUCAGUUGACAGUUUGUAAAUUGUUAUCAAGAGGCAAAUAGUGAGUCGAUGACCCCGUAAAGCCUCCGGCGUCAGUCCUAUCUUGCUCUCAUCCUGUCUGCCAAGUGUAUUUUGUCCGAACAAUUGGCUGUAAGUGUUUCUCGCACAAUGAAGUAAAGUGUAAGCACGGCAAUAAAUUGUCGAACAGUAUGAGACAUAGGAAUGUGCCAUUAUCACAAUGGAAGAAGUUUUAAGGCUAUAAACAGAGCAGCCAUUAGCUCAUACACUAUGAAGCCAGAACAAAUUAUCUCUACAUAACGCUGUUUUUUCAGGUACUGUUCCAGCUGUUCUGCCUAUUUAAGAGCAUUUCUCAUUUGUAUUACAUCCCUACACACACACAACUCCGUUUCCAUCUCCAUUCACACCACUUCUCUCCUUCUGUGCAACUGAAUAUUAAGCUGUUAAUUGUCUCGAGAUGGCGAGGACCGCCGUGCGCUAUUUUCAUUCGCUUGGGAAACAAUGGGAGAUCAAGCUGUGAAUAUUGAAGAAGUCUGUCUAUAUCUUGUGUCAGAUGUUGUUCAUUUGAUUUUUUCUAAGACACAAAAUGGACCUCGAGACGGAUCCCUGCUGCGCUGCGGGGGCCGACAGGAGCCUUAGAGGUGGAGGGUCAAAGGAGGGGGGUUUUCUCAGUUUCCCGGUGAGGUUGUUGCUGAACUCAUCCCUCCUCGGCGAGGGCGUCCCUCAUUGAGAACGUGAGGAACACAUUUCUUUUCUUAAUACAAGGAAUACAAGACUCGGGAGAAAAAAUGUGUGUGUACCUUCAAAGACUCAAUAAAAGAUUCAAACAUUCUGAAUGGAGCAUGGCAAAACAGGGAUCAUGCGGAGAGAAUUAUGCCUCUUAAUUAACUGACAUGAUUGUCCAUGGAUGUGGGGAUCCAAGACCAAGACAAUCGCUUCGGAAGUAACAAUGCAGGCCGACAGACAAUUACGGGACAUCUCGCUGUGUACUUCUGGAGCUUUUGUGCCUCCCUUAAAUCUACUGAUAAGCUGGUGUUUGUAUCAAUGAUGUGAACUAUAACAAUGGAGACAAGAGGACUUCUUGCAGUGCUGAUAUUAAUCAUUUACUGUAUUACUAUGAGAAAAACAAUAUCAGUGACAUCGACGAUGAUAACAGGGUUUUCCGCUCCUCCCGUCAGGAGGAGUCUUUCGAUUUUUUUGAUUUUCUGGUGAUUUGUUAAUUUACGUAUUUUCCAUGUUAUAUUUUUAGAACCUUUUUAUUUGUUAAUGCACAAUUCCUCACCUCCCGAUUUCUUGUUCUACUGUAUGCCUAUUCAUCUUCUUUUCUUUGCCAUGAUUCAAUUGUUCGGUAAGUUAUCAUCAGAAAACAACAGUACAAAAAUGUUUAUAAAGAUAUUAAAAUCUAUAUCUUCUUAUGUCUA